GCGCAUGCGCGGAGUCCCUCCGCGCCGGACUGCAUUUCCCGGCGCGCCCCGCGGCGCGGGCGGUACCACCGCCGGGAGGGGGGGGCGGCGCCUCCCCCCGCGCAGGGACGGGGUGGCAGAGCCCGGCCCGGCCCGGCCCGGUCCCGGCCCGGUCCCGGUCCCGGGGGGAUGGGGAACUGCCUGUCCUCGCAGGCGGCCGACGACCUCUCGCUGCUCAACGACUCCGUGGACGGCGCCAGCCUGGGGCCCGGGGACCCGCCGCCUCCCCCGGCCCCGCCGCCCUACCAGGAGCGCGAGCCGGUGCCCGUGUACCACCCGACGCCCGGGCAGCGGCGCCUGGCCACGCAGCUGACGGAGGAGGAGCAGGUCCGCAUCGCCCAGCGCCUCGGCCUCAUCCAGCACCUGCCCCGCGGCCUCUUCGAGCCCGCCGCCGAGCCCGGCGACAAGAAAACCAAGGAGUGCGUGAUCUGCAUGCUGGAGCUGGCCCGCGGCGACCCGGUGCGCUUCCUGCCCUGCCUGCACGUCUACCACGCGGCCUGCAUCGACGCCUGGCUGCUGCGCUCCUUCACCUGCCCCUCGUGCAUGGAGCCCGUCGACGCCGCCCUGCUCGCCUCCUACGAGACGCACUGAGCCCCCCCGCCGCCGCGCCGGGGGGGGGGGCCUCCCCGCUCCCGGUCCCCCCGUUCCGCACGGAGAGGAUGCGCCAAAGACUCCGAGUUUCCUGCUGAAAGGCGGCCGCCUCUUUCGGGAGGAGUCCGGGGGCUCUGAAGACGCCCCGCGUCCCGCCGGAGCGCCGAUGUCCUGGGGCGCCCGAGCGGGUCGGAAGUUCCUGCCCUGUUUUUAGGGAGUUCUCGUUCUUCUUUUUGCUUUAAAUAGUCCUUUAGGGGCUGCUUUGGGGGUGCCUGGAGCUGCUUUCAGGGCGCCCGGAGCUGCCGGCAGCUGCGCACGACGCCAGGGCCGGCGAGGGCGGAGGAACCCGGCAUUCCCGGCAAUUCGGAGCGGUUCCCACCGGGAGCAAUUUCUGGGCUCUGAUGGCCGGCGCAAGCCUGAUCCUCCCGGCUUAGAGGGGGCCACCGGCCCCUCCGUGCCCCGUCCUCCCCCUCCGUUGGCUGCAGCUUCCCUUCAAUAUUCCCCCCGGAGACAACUCCUUCCCGGGUGUUUUACGGGAACGGGGCCGAGCCCGGCUCGCAGUGGGGUCCGGCUGGACUCCGGUGUCGGACUCUCGAGGAUGCUCCGGGAGCCGGGGGGCUCCCACCCGCUCCGCAGCUCCCGGCACGGAUCCUUGGGACUCCCUUUGCCGGCUGGGAAGCGCUUCCCCCCCCGUGCGAUGCCACCCGGAUUUGGCGCAGUCAGAUGGAACAAGCGGGCAGGGGCUACGGCCCGUCCCACAUCCCCGCGGCUCCGCAGAGGAUCGGAGAAGGAAGAGCCGAGCGCCGGGGCCGGAUCCUUCCCGGGAGGAAGCCGCGACGGGAGUCGGGGAGGGCGGAUAGACACAGCAGACCCGCUCUGUUUGCAAGAGGAUUUUAUUCCAAAACAAGAGCCGGAGCGGGCGGAGGUUUGUGAAGGGCCUUCGGAAUAAAGGAGCUUUCGCGGCUGCAAGAGCUGGAA